CCUUACUCUGUCUCCAUCUCUCUCACUACCAUACAAACAGCUUAUAAUUAGCCAUUUUUGACCUUUCACUCUUCUCGAUCUCUGCUUUGAGAUUAGCCGCUAGGCAUGGAUUCGGACCCACCGUUCCACGAGACAUACAAGAACCUCUUCGUGAACUCCACCAACGACGAAGAACCGAGGACCAAAAUCUCUCAAAACAACCACCGCCUUGUCGUCGUCGAGGAACGCGAGCUUCCCUUGAUUGAUCUAAGCCGUUUAGGGGUCGACGAGCUGGAGAGUGAAGAGUGCAAGAAAGAGAUAGCUAGGGCAGCGCAUGAAUGGGGUUUUUUUCAAGUCAUAAACCAUGGAAUCUCGAGAGACAUAUUGGAGAAGAUGAGAGACGAACAAGUGAAAAUUUUCAAGCAACCUUUUCACAACAAGUGCAGAGAAGACAAGUUCUUGAAUUUCUCCCCUGGUAGUUAUCGUUGGGGGACGCCAACAGCAACUUCCCUAAGGCAAUUGUCAUGGUCAGAAGCUUUCCACAUUCCCAUGAACGAUAUCUCAAGCUCCUGCGCCUUCAUCAAUAGUAGUCUCAGGUCAUCAAUGGAACAGUUUGCUACAAAACUUGCCAGUCUUGCUCAGACGUUAGCUGAAAUUUUGGCAGAGGAGUUAGGUCACAAGUCGAAUUUUUUCCAGGAAAAUUGUUUGCCAAGCACUUGCUAUCUACGACUGAACAGAUACCCACCCUGCCCAUUUCCUUUAGAAAUAUUUGGUCUAAUGCCACACACGGAUAGCGACUUCCUCACUAUUCUGCACCAGGAUCAGGUAGGAGGAUUGCAAUUAGUGAAAGAUGGGAAAUGGAUUGCAGUCAAACCCAAUCCUGAAGCCUUAAUCAUCAACAUUGGAGAUUUAUUUCAGGCAAGAAGCAAUGAUUAUUACAAGAGUGUACAACAUUGUGUCGUCACGAAUCCAACAAAUGAAAGGUUUACAGCUGCAUAUUUCCUUUGCCCAUCGUCUGAGACUGUGAUAGAAAGUUGCAGCAAGCCUUCGGUUUAUCGGAUGUUUAGCUUUAGGGAAUACAGACAGCAAGUCCAGGACGAUGUUAAAAAAUAUGGCUAUAAAGUAGGGCUCCCCAGGUUUCUUGUAUAAAUAUAUAUAUAUAUAUAUAUAUAUAUAUUCACCAAGUAAAUAUUGAUUGCCUCUUCUAGCUAGUUAGUAGUUAGGUCAUUUGUAUAAAAAUGUUUGGUCUUCCUAUCCCAUUCCUCCUCCACGCCGCCCCGAGAAAAAUUUUAUAGUAUGUUUUGUUUAAUUAUAAAAUUCAAUUAAAAUUGGUGA